AUGCCCGACUGCACUGCUCCCCCACCAGUGGGCAGCUCAGCCCGCUCCAUCAUAGUGGCCUCUCAGGCGGUUGGCUCCAGGAGGCUCCCAGGAGCAGGCUCUGAGGACUGUCCACUUCCUUCUUGUGCCCUCCUUGCUGUGGCUGCGAGUGAGAGCAGCCACACGGGGCCAGGGUCCGGAGCGGUAGAGGCUCUGGGCCUGGAACAAUUUAGAAUCUACUACACACAUUGCUAUUUGAACACUCACAGAAAACUAUUGUCUUCCCCCCGCCCUCUACAAAGCAUCUCCAGGGCUCAUAUUAUUGUGAGGCCUCUAUUUUCAUCCUUGCAACCAAUGUUCAGAGCUUACAGAGCUUAUCAUGUUUAUUAUAUAACAAUAAGACAUAAGCCAAAACAACUUGCUGCUGGGCUUUUAAACAUAGCAACAGCAGAAAUCUUUUCUGGGCUUGAAGAAGAGCCACUUCAAAUGUCUACUAAUUUCAGCAAUUUUCUGGUCUAUGGAACGAAAAGUCUAAAACUCACAGAAGCCCUCUGCUCCACCAUCGGACUUCGUGAUGCAAGGGGGCGGGUGGGGAAGAAAGUGGCAUGCUCCCUGGUUGUUGGAAUUCACAAGCUGCCUCUCAAAGGAGUAUUGCCUGGGUGGCGAAUGCUCUUGGAGGAGAAAAGAGAAAGGCAUGAAACAGGGACCCUUCAAAGUUGCCACCAUGGUAAUGUCACUCAGUGGCACAGGGCUUUUUCCUCCCUUUUGUUCUCCUUUUUUUUUUUUUGCAGCAGCUCUGGGGAUGCUACAUCCCCAGGGUCUGGCCCAAUGCUUGAUAUGCGGUAA